UGCUCUAAUAUAUUUAUUCAGUUAUAUUGUAGAGACACAUUUGCUAGUAGAAAAAUAAAGUCACCACCAACCAAACACUCCAAAAUAAACUGCUUGCCCACCUAGGCCCAUCCACGCAGCCCAAACCAGUUUAGAGUUCGAACUCCGUUGGGUUCGUCUCGUUUUGGUCCCACGUUCUCGCAGCUGACGCCGCCCCGUUCGCCUCCGUCGCCGCCGCCAUCGCCACCGCCGAACCAUGGAGACCACGGAGCCGUCGCGUGGCACCAAGCGCCCUCUCACCGCCACUGCAGGCGAUGACGACGAUGCUGGCCUGGCUCACGUUGAUUUUGUGUCUGUCGCCGCGCUCGCAGGGAGCGCAAGCCGCGGUUCCCUAAGGGGAAGAAGGCCAAGUACCGCGACGUCGGUGCGGAGGGAGGCCCCUCUGGCAACGCUGUGGACCUCGACAGCAUGCUGAAUCCGGAGCUUGCGGCGGAGCGGCGGGCGCGGCAGCGCCACGUCCAGCUCAAGGAGGGAGACGACGCGAAGGGAGGUGCCGCUGAGGUGAAGGGCUUCGAAGUCCGCUACAACGACAGUGUUAACUUUGUUGACGAUGGUAUACGGAUAGAGCCGUUUAACUUGGAGCGAGAAAGGGAAGAAGGGUAUUUCGAUGAGAAUGGGAACUUUGUGGAGUAUGCAAGAGGCAAUGAGAUUAAGGAUGCUUGGUUGGACAGUGUGGAAGUUGACCCAACAUAUGCUGCAAAGGUUCAGAACAAAGGCAAAGAGAAAGUAGACGAGUUUGAGGACCUCUCUUCCGAUGACAUUGGGAGGCUAAAAAGGCAGAUAGCAAACUUGCUUGAGCCAGGAGAAACGAUAAUGCAAGCCUUGAAAAGGUUGAAGGGUACAUCCACGGAUAAACGUGGAAAGAUGGCUGAGGGGACUAAACGUAUAUUUGAUGAAUUGACUGAAGCUGCCAUGAAGCUAAUGGAGAACGGCGAUUAUAAUGUUUACUCAGAUGAUCGUGAGACCUUUGAACGCGAGGCUGCUGGGUAUGAACGUUUGGCACGUGCUCGACUUGGUUUGCCAGAAGUUGAUGGUGUCUCUGAAGACCAAAAAUAUAAUCAGACACCAUCAUCUGCACUGGAAAUUGACCAACCAUCAUCUGUACUGGAAAUGGAACUUGGUCCCUCGACUGCCAAUGUAUAUACAGCCACUGCUGCAAUCAAUGAUGAUGACAGUAACCUGGACAUGUUUGGUGAUGAUGACAACGAUGAUACCAAACAUAGUUCUGAUGCCAAUACUGUAGGUUCAGGUUUGAAACCUGGAACCUCAGAUGUGAAGAAAGCCGAUAAUGGAAGUGUGGACUCAGACUAUGUAUACGAUCCUUCUUCAGGUUACUACUAUAGCAGCAGCACAGGCUAUUACUAUGACCCUAACUCUGGAUAUUAUGGUUCUGCAUCUACGGGAACCUGGUAUUCAUACGAUGAGCAAACUGGAACAUACAAAGAAAUUCAGGAUGAACAAACUGGCACGGUUAAAGAAGAGCUGGGAGAUGCCAUCAAGGAGUAACCGAGUUGCUACGGCCCUUCUCGUUCUUGAUUGCUGAUGCAACUGAGGUAGUUCAGACCGCCCAGUGUUCUUUAAAGCGAGGCAGCGAGCUGUAGCUUCAGUUUCUCGGUAGGCGCUUUGGGCCACGACUCGCUAAACUGCCUUGAUAGAUGUUUUAUGAAGAAAUUAAGAGGAAACCAGUCAGAUCAUACUAUAGGUUGUAAACCAGAAAGUGAUCGACUGCAACUGUACAAUUGCAAUAUUACCGUUCUCGGCAGAGGCUUGUUUUAUUAGCUACUAUUCCUGCUAUUUCUGUAGAAAUAUGCAAUAACACCCAAUUCCUAUGUGAAGAUGUGUUUGAACUUAACAGAUGAGAACGUUAUGUUUGGUGUGAUUAUGUCUAAGGCUCGAGAGCGUUCAGAUUGGUAAACUAAAUCGGGCAACCUGUGAUCGUUGGAGUCUAAGACCGGCGCGGGGACAGUCAGGCAGAGAAAAGGUUCGGAGGUUGGAGACGCUUCAGGGUUGUUCAAUCUUACUGUACUCUACAACCUCUUCCCGAAAAGGUGGGAACAAUAUUUUAGACCGACAACGUCUUCUCGGGAACACGGUUAGGCCCUGUUUACCUGUUUCGACGCCAAAUUCUCUCCCCUGUAAAAACUACACUUAUUUCUGUAAAUUUCCUGUAAUAUUUUUUUUUGUGAAAUUUCUGUCUCAAACAAGCCUAUGGAUAGUUUUUUAGCUAUACAUUGGCGAAGUAUUUGUUUUUAUGUUCCAA